AUGCCGCCGCAAAUCAAGCAGGACCUCAACCGCUCUGGUUGGGAGUCUACUGACUUUCCGUCCGUAUGCGAAAGCUGCCUUCCCGACAACCCAUAUGUUAAGAUGCUGAAGGAAGACUACGGCGCCGAGUGCAAACUUUGUACGAGGCCCUUUACCGUCUUCAGCUGGAGCGCCGACCGCGCCCAUGGUCGCAAAAAGAGGACGAACAUCUGCUUGACGUGCGCACGACUCAAGAACUGCUGCCAGACAUGCAUGCUCGAUCUCUCUUUCGGCCUUCCAAUCGUCGUCCGAGACGCCGCCCUGAAAAUGGUGGCACCAGGUCCCUCCUCCGACAUCAACAGGGAGUACUUUGCGCAAAAUAACGAGCAAGCAAUCGAAGAGGGCCGCGCUGGCGUCGAAGAGUAUGAGAAGACCGACGAAAAGGCGCGCGAGCUCCUGCGCCGACUAGCGACAAGCAAGCCGUACUUCAGGAAGGGCAAGGCCAUCGAGGGUGCGGACACCGAGGGCCAAGGGGGGUCAUCUAGAGGAGGAGACCCUGCGGUAGGUGCCGGCGUUGGCGGUGCUGGUCCGAUCCGCACCAGGGACUCGAGAGCCGCGGCUGCGGCAGGUGCCCGGCCUGGAGGCAGAGCGAAACAGGCGUUUCCCAGUGCUGCGCAGCUGCCCCCCCGGCCCUCAGGACUGGAUGCCUCCUCAAGAUAA